AUGUACCACAGACUGAUCAAUGAAGAGGAGCUUGAAGAAUCGCUCCCUUACCAGGAUAAAAAUGAUCAAAACAACUUUGAGCUUAAAAAUCGCCACAGCAAGGAGCGCAGGCCGCUCGAGUUGGGCGGAGAGACUGAAUCACAUAAAGUAAGCAAGAUCGACUUUAUCUACCAUACGAUCAAGCCGAAUGAAACCUUGCAGGGCAUUGCUCUCAAGUACAACUGUACAGUAUCCCAGCUUCGUCUGCACAACCAUCUGAUGAGCGACAAUACCUUUCACGGGCUUACAGUGCUAAAGAUCCCCGUAGUUCGAAGCAGUAUCCUCACCGAGCAGCUAGCCACAAGUGAGCCGUCAACGUCAGCAGGUGAGCAGCGGACAGAGUUUGUCGAGGAUCUGGUGGACCUUUCGGACGACACCGGCGGCACUGGCGCUUCCAUUCCAAAAACGCAAGUCAUCAAAAUCGGCAUCUCAAACUACUUGAACAGCAACAGUAGCGAUGAUUAUAAGAAGUUUCUCAACAAUCUCGGCGAAGACUUCAAGGAGAUUCGCAAGUCCAUACAGGUGAAGAUGGAGGACUCUUCUAUUGCUGCCCCUUUGCCUAUCCAGGUGGACGGUGAUCAUCCCGCAGUAGGCCUCAUCAACUCCACUGUUCCAACGAAAGCUGCCUCCAGCGUUUUCCUCUCCUGUGAUGGCUCUGAUUUUGGCAUCCACUGGCGCUACCUAAUUAUUCUGCUCAUCUUUGUCUGCUUCCUAGUCCCCUCCUAUGUGCUCUUUAAUUUGGAGCAUCACAACUCCACUAGUAGUCAUCCAGGCUGA